AUGUUUCUGGGUUUCCUGGCAUUUGCCGCACGCUGCUCUGUGGUGGCGGCCGCGGUGGCCGUAGUGUGUUUGCUGCUGCUGUGGACGGUCACAGACAGACGCGAGCACUUCCAGAAUUCCUGUCACAACUUGAGGUCUCCGGAGCUGCGGCUGCUGCCGGGCCUCAGCUUCAGCUGCGGGUGGCAGCGCGUGCGCCCCGAGUACGAGGGCGGCUGGGCUCCGUACGCCUUCAUCCAACCGAAUGGGUCCUGGUGCUGGAGCAAUGCUGGCUUUCUUGCCUCUUCUGAUGGAUCAGGCCUUUUGGUGGAUACACUGAUGGACCCGGUGCUGACCAGCACCAUGCUCCGAGAGCUGGGCCCUGCCGCAGGGGGCCUCGCGCCGGGUCGUGUGGAUGCUGUCGUCUUCACGCAUCCCGACGUAGAUCACAUUCUGGGCAACCAGGCCCUGCCACCGGAGAUUCCGCGACUCGGAACUGUCAAAGCUCAGCAAGACAUCGAUUUGCAGGCCGGGGCGGCGUGGAAGCUGAAGCUGUGCGUGGAAGCGGGGAGAUUCAUCUGGCAGGUGCUGAAGCUCUUCGGAGGCGCUUCCCUGCUGCCGCUGUUGCCACCCUCACUGGCGCCUCGGGCGCUUUCGCUGCUGGGCUUCGCAAAGUCGCAAGACAAUCUCGCAGGCUUCAACCUGUGGGAGGUGGACGGGCGUCGGCUGCCCAAGUUCGAGUCCAUCCUGUCCUCAGGAGACAACAUCACUCUGGGCGACCGGGUCUUGCCACUGCGGUUUUGGGAGGCAGGCGCCAUCCACUCGAAGAGUGAUUCGAUGAUCCUUUUGCCCGACAGCAAAGUGGCUUUCACGGGCGAUUUGCUCUUCAUCGGCAUCGCGCCCGUGAUGUGGAGUGGGCCUGCCCUUGCUUGGGUCAAGGCGCUGGAUGAUCUUUUGGAGGCCACAGGCGCCGACUGGCGCUUCGUUCCUGGCCACGGUCCGGUCACGGACGCGGAGGGCGUGCGCUCCGUCCGGCGAUACUUCGCGUAUCUUCAUGAGGCGGUCUCGAAAGCCUGCAGCGACUUGCCGCUCAACGUCUCGGACGCCGACGAAGCUUGUGCCCGCCGCGUCCUGGAACAGAUGCCGCAAGAUCUCAAGGACGACUUCCAUGAGCCCGAGCGCAUCAUGAUCUGCGCGGUCAUUGAGCGCAUGGCGCGCCGCGCUGGCGGCCCCGCCAAGGUGAACGUCUUGACCAAGUUGAAAUGGAUUGGAAAGAUGAGCGAACAUCGCAUGCAGCUGCCAUCUUCACUUGGAAGAAGUUCAGAUGAGCUGUAG